AUGUCCAAGAUAUUGACCGUUGAGCUCUCAAAGGACUAUGGAUUCGUUCUCUUGGUAACUGCAGCUGCCCAUCUCCAGAUCUUUGCUGCUUCUAUGGCUGCUGCUGGUCAACGUCGCAAGUUUGGCGUCAGCUAUCCUGACAUGGGUCACGGUCGUUACUCAGCAAAGUUGACUGAUGAGCAAUGGGUCACCUUCAACUCCUUCCAACGAGUUCACUACAACUACCUUGAACAAAUCCCAACAUUCACCUUCGCAAUGUUAGCAUCUGGCAUCUGGUAUCCACGAGUUUCUGCUUCCUUGGGUGCUAUCUACAUUCUCGGACGAUACAUGUACGCAACUGGAUAUUACAACUCAGGGCCUCAAGGCCGAACUACUGGCUUUGGAGUAUUCUCCAUCGCCAACAUGUCGCUCCUUGGAACCUUGGUUUACGCCAGUUUGAAGGUAAUGGCAUCACUGACCUUUGAUGGCUGA